AUGCAGGCGUGUCUCCUCUGGGCCAGCCGGGCUGCAGCCUCCAUCCAGGAGCAGUACUGCGAGAGCCUGGCGCCUGCCACCAACCACAGCGGUCCCCAGUGCAAUGCCUCCGUGGAUCUGAUCGGCACGUGCUGGCCCCGCAGCGCCGUGGGACAGCUGGUGGCCCGGCCCUGCCCCGAGUUCUUCUACGGGGUGCGGUACAACACCACCAACAAUGGCUACAGGGAGUGCCUUGCCAACGGGAGCUGGGCAGCCCGGGUCAACUACUCCCAGUGCCAGGAGAUCCUCAGCGAAGAGAAGAAGAGCAAGCUGCACUACCACAUUGCUGUCAUCAUCAACUACCUGGGCCACUGUGUCUCGCUGGGGGCCCUCCUGGUGGCCUUUGUGCUCUUCAUGCGCCUCAGGUGACUGCUCUGCUGGUGGCAUUGGUUUCCCCACUGCAACCCAGAGCUCUGGAGGCUCCACAUCUCCUCCUGGCAGGUCUGGUGCCGCCUGGUCACUGCUGCCUACAACUACUUCCACGUCACCAACUUCUUCUGGAUGUUUGGGGAGGGCUGUUACCUGCACACGGCCAUCGUGCUCACCUACUCCACCGACAAGCUGCGCAAGUGGAUGUUCAUCUGCAUCGGCUGGUGUAUCCCCUUCCCCAUCAUCGUGGCCUGGGCCAUUGGGAAGCUCUACUACGACAAUGAGAAGUGCUGGUUUGGGAAGCGAGCAGGGGUCUACACUGACUACAUUUACCAAGGCCCCAUGAUCCUGGUGCUGCUGAUCAACUUCAUCUUUCUGUUCAACAUCGUCCGAAUCCUCAUGACGAAGCUCCGAGCUUCCACCACCUCAGAGACCAUCCAGUACAGGAAAGCAGUCAAGGCCACGCUGGUGCUGCUGCCCUUGCUGGGGAUCACCUACAUGCUGUUCUUCGUCAACCCGGGGGAGGAUGAGAUCUCCAGGAUAGUCUUCAUCUACUUCAACUCCUUCCUGGAGUCCUUCCAGGGCUUCUUUGUCUCUGUCUUCUACUGCUUCCUGAACAGUGAGGUGCGCUCGGCCGUGCGGAAGCGCUGGCACCGCUGGCAGGACAAACACUCCAUCCGCGCCCGCGUGGCCCGGGCCAUGUCCAUCCCCACCUCCCCCACCAGAGUCAGCUUCCACAGCAUCAAGCAAUCCACGGCUGUGUGAGCCAGGGGAGCCCCAGGAGACGGCCUGCAGGGGCUGAGGGAGGCGAUGGCCCUGCCCCGAGGGGGCACAGCACAGGGGCAGGUCCUGCCCGCGCUGCCCGGCCCCGCUGCAGCCACGGGAGACCUGCACAGCUCCUGCCUGGACCUGCGGGACAGCACAGCUGAGAGGCUGCUUGGUCAUCUCCCUGGCACUGCUGUGACCUGCUGUGGGAUGGAAGAAGGAGCCAGAGGAAGCUGG